UUUUUGCACAAUUACACCCAUCAAUCUAGUUCUAAAAAAUAAAAUCCAGGAACAUUCAUCGUCGCUCUUCUCCAAGCAGCUGAAAUCCACUGCCUUAUUUUUCCAUCAUCCACACCCAAUCCCCAAGAAACAUUCAUAACUCAGUCAUUAAUCACAUAACCAGAAAAUAUGAACCGAACCACCAAAGACAAACCCAGAACCCGAACACGAACCCGCCACUCUUCUCCGCCCAGACAACCCCGAACCACCACGACCUCAUUUCCCUCCACUCUCAACUCGCUUCCACCCAGAACUCACCAAUCAUCAUCUGCUGUAAUAGACAGAGAGAUGGUGACGGAGCAAGAUACUUUAACACUCUUUGAAGACCUCAAAAUCUCCGAAGAAUACAUUGAACCCAGAAGCUUUCCUCACAGUGUGAAGCAGCAAUGUUGGGACAAAGCUGAGACGAUCAAAGGGCGUGACCCGGAUCGGUGGAGACGUGACCCACUUGGUAAUACUGUGUUUAGAAAGCUCGUUGGUUGUCCUGGUUGCUUGUGUCAUGAUUAUGACCACAUUCUUCCUUACUCUAAGGGAGGCAAAAGCACGCUGGAUAAUUGCCAAGUGUUACAGGCAACCGUUAAUAGAUCUAAGGGAAAUAGAACCGAGCUUUCUAAAGCUGAACUCAUUCGGAGAAGUUCAUAUUGCCGCGUUUCAGGUCGGGACAUGGAUCUUAUCGAGCUGUCAGCCUAUGGAAAUGUAAGGCAUGCACAAAACUCAGGAGGUUGCAGAAUUCAAUGAGCAUUUUAGCAAUUGUAAAAAUAGGCUUAAGCAAUUGUAAAAUAGGGUUCAAGAUACAGCAAGGAAUUUGUAUAUCUGAUUUCUCGAUUAAUGAGAGGUUAAUCAACAUUACAUUUUGUUCUCA